AGGGGAGGGCUUGGCUGCGCCGAGUCUGUCAGGCUGAGGUGGGGUAAACACAGACGGGCGCUGGGACGGCGGCGGCGGCGGCGUAGUGGAGAAACGAAGACGAGCCGGCCAGCCCGUCGCGGCGACGCGGGGCGCAAAAUGGCGGGUGCCGCGCAGGUGUGCGAGAACAUCCAGAUGCUGCUGGAGGCGGCCGAGUUCCUGGAGCGCCGCGAGCGAGAAGCCGAGCACGGCUACGCUUCCCUGCUGCCCUACAGCACGAAGGAGAGGGAGGCCUCGAAGAGGAGGAGCAGAGCCAAGAAAGGCGGCGGCGGCGGCGGCAGCAGAUCAACACAUAAUGAAAUGGAGAAGAAUAGGCGUGCUCAUCUGCGAUUGUGUCUGGAGAAGCUUAAAGGGCUGGUGCCUCUUGGGCCAGAAUCCAGUAGACAUACUACAUUGAGUUUACUAACAAAAGCUAAAUUGCACAUAAAGAAACUUGAAGAUUAUGACAGAAAAGCAAUACACCAAAUAGAUCAGUUGCAACGAGAGCAGCGGCAUCUGAAAAGGCAGCUGGAGAAACUGGGUAUUGAGCGUAUACGAAUGGACAGUAUAGGAUCAACGGUUUCUUCUGAACGGUCAGAUUCAGACAGAGAAGAAAUUGAUGUGGACGUGGAAAGCACAGACUAUCUCACAGGGGACCUCGACUGGAGCAGCAGCAGCAGCCCCAGUGAUUCAGAUGAGAGGGGCAGCUUGCAAAGUAUCUGCAGUGAUGAGGGUUAUUCAAGUGCCGGCAUUAAGAGAAUAAAGCUGCAGAACAAUCUUAAGGCCUGCCUCAGCCUAUAAGGAGCCAGUAGCGUCCCCUCCCUUGCCCCUUCCACUGCUGUUUCCUUCUUGGAUUUUGCUAGGUAGUAUGUUGGACCGCUCCACAAUUCUCUUGCACGUAAACUUCUUGUACCAUCAACAUUACCAAAAUCUGCUUUGCCUAAGUCUGAAAACAGUGCAUAGUGUUGUGGGUUGCAAGUUCCUCCCUGGAGCACACUUCUGCUGGCAUCCACUAGCUUCUCUUUUCUAUCAGUAAAUUCAUCUCUGUGAGACUGAACAUUCCAGCCAGAAUUCUUAGCACCCAGAAUAUUGUUGCAGUAAUAGCAACAUACGUGUUUUGGGCCUGUGCUGCAAUUGCUUAAUAUUCUGGGUGAAGAUCUUCACCCCGAGGUAGUAGGGCCGAUGGUGAUAUAUGCUGUUUGGAAACAAAAGCCAGACUAGUCUUCAGGCAUGACCACUGUGGAAGGAACCCUACUUUUUUUUCUUGACAUUCGUUGUAUCACAGUAGCAGGCAGAAUUAAAAAUGAUAAGACAGGCUUGAAAGAGCGUAUGGUUGUUAGGGAAUUGUGCAGUGAAUCUUUCCAGUCACUGUUAAAAAAUUAUUCUGAAAUGUCCCAAGUCAUUGUAGUAAUAAAGUAGCCAACCUGAGGUUGGAAAUAAGGUUGAGAAAGGUAAUUAAGGGACUAACUGAGUUUGGCAGAAGAAGAGCCAGACGAGUGGAAUUGUACUGGAGGCUCUAAAUAAAUGGGAGUUGGGGGAUGGUUUUCUCUUUGAGCUGCCUAUUCUGGUAGGAGGCCUUGGCUUCAGCGCAUCUCUGUAUUUUCACGUCAGAUGACCAAAUACUAUGCUUGUGCAAUCUUGAUUAUGUCGUCUUUGCAUUGACAGCUGCAUGUUCCUUUUUGUUGCUAGCAGCUUUUCAGGCUGCUGAGUCUUGCUUUUUGUCUCUGGGACAAUUUAUUUCUACCUCAGAGAGAUGAACAAAGCUGAUCUCAACCCCUUUAGCACAAAUGAAUUAUGACACCUCGUUUGUAUGCUUGGUACUAGCCCAACCUGUUUCCUUAAAAAAUCAGCAAUAACCGAGUGGAAAAGUUAGCUGUGCUAGCUUUCAAUUAAUGGCUGAGGAGACUGCCCCAAAGGAAUUCCAUGGUGCCCUCUUGGCAUCCUCGCACUUCUUUUACCAGUUGAAAUCCUUUGGGAGACACACACACACACACCCCGAUGUGCCGUGUGUGGUUUUGCGUCUGGAUUUUGGACGUUGGAACUCUUCUCUGCCCCUUUUUGCCCUGUCUCUGCACUCCUGACAUCCGUAGCAUUUUUCAUUUAAGCUAAGUAGAGCACAUGUAAAUGUACAUAAUGUGGUCUAUAAAUAGUAUUUAUUCCUUUUUUUAUAUCAAUCUAAUGUACUAUUCUUAUGAUUUUGUGCUUUUGUAGAUGAUUAGGAAACUUUGUAUGUCGAGGUCUAAUGAACCUUCUUUCUUCCCGUCUUUUUGCUUUGCACCGGCUGCCAAUGGCCUCUAACAAGGGUUCUUUGUAUGCAGCCGGUUCUUGCCCAGCACUUACAGACUGUCAGAAAGACAGUCGAGCAACUUCCUCUCACUUCACUCUCAAAGGGCUUUGUGGCAAGUUGCGCUUUACUAUGAAUUCCAUGUUUGCUUCUAUCCACUACCAGAUAUCCAAGCAAAUAAUAUGAAAAUGGAUAUAUUUUAAGAAAGUCAGUUUUUGAGAUGGGAAGUGGAGCUAGUGGAUGGCUAAAGAUCUCCAUGUCAAUUUCUUGGCGUUGUCUUGAAACAAAACCAAACAGAAGGAACAAGAGCUGGAAUUCUCAGAUGUCCUGCUGACUUGCACUGAGCUCUUCCUUGUUGGAGACUUUCCUGCAUCAGUCUAGCAGGUGGCUUGCAUCUAGGAGUCCCUGCUGAAAACCCUUCAGAGGCUGGGCUCCCACAGCGUGCAGUUUGAGUCCCCUUGAUUUGAAAGGUCUCUUGCCAGAGGUCUUUGAGCUUCUCUGUUUGUUAAUGAGUUGCAUAAAAUUGCCUCUCAAAUUCAACUCCAUGUUGUCAUCUUAGAGUUCAAAGUAACCUUUGAUUUGGAAGGUAUUUGAUAGGGUAAAUUUAGUAUACUAUGUGGUGUUUUAUUUUGUUUUUAUCGUGCCUUUCGUGAGUUACUGGGCACAGUUUACUACAGACCUCUCCUGGCUAGGAGCACUCCCGCUCUGAAUAAAUGGAAGCUGCAGAUACAUCCAUAGUGAAUUUGAGAAAAUAAAUUUUGGAGGGGUGUAACCAUCCUCUUCUUCAGUAAAGUACUUUGGAGUUUUAUUUUGUUGUCCUUCUUGCGAACCAGUAAUUGAGCUUUGCACUUUCUGGAUGUGGUCCUUUCAAAAUGUGGGUGGUACAGAAAAUAAUUAUAACUCCAUGAAGGAUGCACUAAUUUCAAAAGCUAGAUUAAAGCUAUCUGUGAUGUUUCAAAAACAUCUAAAUGAAUAAAUGAGUUGUCCUAGAGGCUUUUAGGACCCCUCCCAGUGUCUUGGUGAGGACUGGUCUUGACUGCUCCACGCAUCAGUGCCCCUUUGGUCCAUUCCUGAGACAGCUGGCCCAUUGCAUGCAGGCCCCAUAACGUCUGAACCUGCCCACGCACUCGGGAGGGCUGUGUAGUACUGUGCCAUGUUUUUCAGUAGCAGUGUAGCUGUGGGUGAACCACCACACCAGUUGCCCUGUCAAGUGAGAUGAGCUGGAGUUUUUUAUGCUGCAGGGCACUGGGGAACGGUCGUGCAAGCAGCAGGGACUCUGCUGUCCUGUUAACGUGUAAACUGGGCCCUCAAAAUGCGACAUUCUGGUGUGGCCAGCUUUUCUGCCGUAUUCACUGAUCCACCAGCAUUAUUAUGUAAUAAGCUACAGAAAAUUAAUUUUGUAGAUCAUUAACGGGGAGCUGUGUUUCUGUAUCUGUGUUUACAGCUGGAAGUUUGUGUGCGUGUGCGCGUUUAAAAGAUCACACUAAAUACUGCGGCACUGAGCAACUUUUUUGCAGAUAGUAAAUCCAGGGGACACUUGGUUGGAAAUUGAGAAUUUGUGCUCUUUAUCAGAAAUAAACAUGGCUGUCAGGGUGACAAUCUGAAAUAUCCCAAAAGUAUUGUCUUUACCUGGUAAAUCUUUUCCUGAGUGUUGAACACCCAGAAAUUUUAUUACUGUGUAUUUUUUUAAUAAAGCAGAGCUUUCAAGGUGCUGAUAGACACAUCUUGUGAACUUUUUUCAAGGGUUUGUGUGAAUACCCGUUUUUUGAUUCAAAUUCCAAGCACUUAUUUGAAAUGUGUAAUUAGGUGCCACAAACAUGUUCACCUUGCCAGGUUGCAGAGCUCUGGGCAUUAGCAGGGUGUGCACUGCCAGCUGCCAUUUUAGCACUUUGUUCCCGCAAUGGGCCCUUCUCUCUUUCCGGGGACCCAGCCUCUCUCUUGCUUCUCUUUAGAACUGAAUUUCUGCAAUGAAGUUUACAAACACAGCCCGGAGGAAAGAGUCCUCUGUGUUCUCUGGGAGGGAUGAAGUCGGGGUGGUGGGGGGGUAUUUUUUACGUGCUCACUGCCUAAUUAAAUGUUGGCAUCCGAUGUACAGCAAUAUAAUGGGACUCACAGAGUCCUUUUGCCCCCCUGGUCACAAAUUCAGGUUUUGACACUUAACUGUAUUGGGACAAAUAUGGCUUUUACAUAUCCAGUUAUGCAUUUGUUCCCCAGUUACAAAUAGUAAGUUGCAUCCUUGGAUUUUUUUCCCCCUUCCUGUUAACACAAGUGGCUUUUUUUCCUGUUAUAAUUACCUGAACUUCAUUGUACAACUAUGAAUCAAUGAUGCUUUUGUUUGAAAGAAUAGCUAUCCCAAAUUAUUCAGCAGAGGAAAUUUCUUUUUAUGCUACAAAGUGUAUGUAUCGAGAUUAUUUUAGCAAACUUCUUUAUUUUAACUGCAUUGCCUGGUUGAAGGACACUUAAAAAUCUGUUUCUCCCUGGCUGCCAUCUGCUCGCUGUUUGUUGAAACUAGCUCUUCCCUCCUCACGUACCCCCACAUUUGACUUGCUUUAGUUUUGUGCUGUUCUUUUUUAUUUACCUAUGAACCUGCAUCAAGUAGGCACUCUGAACAACACUUGCAAUUCUGAACUUUUGAAUUUGGUUUUGGAGUCUUCCAAAUUAUAACACAGCCUAAGCAGGGAGCAGCAAAGGGGGAAGGGGGGGGGUGAGGACUCGGUUUCCAAAUGUAAAUACCACAUCAUUGCAAAUCCUGUGUCAAGGCCAUAUAAUGGUGCUUUUUAUUACAGUUAGCACAUGCAUUUUUAGAAAUUACAUGUUUUAGACAAACUUGCUGUGUAUAUGUAUACUUCUGUAUUGUUCAUCUGUUAGAAAAUAAAUUAUUUCGUUAUUAAAAUUGUUCCAGCAUUGAA